AUGAUGCGCCCACAACGCCAAGAAGCAUAUUGGUCCUUCGAUCGAAAAGUCAACUCAUUUGAUCAGCCAGUGCCAUUUCCGGAUCGGAGAAAGAGUCGGUGCUAUUCAAUGGAACUAAAGGAUGGCUUGCGAGAAGAUAUGAUCACUGGAUCCAAAGCGGUCCAUGAGGAGGACAUCUUUCAACCGGACUUGACCGCAAUCGGGCAAUAG